AAUUUGGCGGCUAAUUUUGGAAUCUUGAAGAAACUCCCGCCAAAAAUCAUUCUUGAAUCAAAUUUUGGCGAAGCAGAAAACAAUUUACAAAAAUUACACUUCAACUUUCUUGUCUGUAAUCUUCAAUCCGAGCAAAAAUUAAGUGACUGCAGGAAAAUAUUGAUUAGUGCUUGACCCAUUUGAAUCGGAAGAAAUGUACGGGAAGAAGGGGAGAGAAUUAGUUCAAGAAUUUGCAGAGAGUGAACCUGGGCAGCUUGCAGCUUUUAAUACUGACCUAGUUACGCAAGUACUUGAAGAAUGUAACAGCCAUUUCCUGCACCUCAAUUCCUUGGUGAGGAAAAUGAAUGCAAAAACUCCUGCAGAAAGUUCAAGUGCAAACCGACCAACUCAAAAUGAUGCAGUUUCAAAUAACGAAUCACCUGAUGACAACGAGCCACCUGAGGCUGAUAGAAAUGCCAAUACAGAGCUCCCCAAAGACGAUAAUUACCAUGGGCUGCUUAUCCAUCAUCAGUCUCUCACUCGCAACAAGCGUUGUCUGAUGGCUUAUGUAUAUAAUCGAGCAGAAGUUGUUCGAAGAUUGGGAUGGACCCUUGAGCGUGUCCUCCCAGAAGAAAUUGAAGAGAAGCUUAGUACCUCAGAGAAAGAAUAUUUUAAGAAUCAUGCUGCAACUAUCCAAUCGUACAUGUCAAGACUUGAUCUCGAUUUAGGGGUGGAUAUGGUGCCUCCAAAAGAUCCCUAUAUUAAAGUGAGAGUGCUCGAUGACAUUGGUAAUGUUGUCCUCAGCGACCAACUAGCCAACCUUGCUCGUCAUGCAAUUCUUUUCAUUAGGCGAACUGAUGCAGAGCAGUAUAUUUCUCAGGGCUUAAUGGAAGAACUUACGAGUUGAUUCCAAUGACUACGAGUUACAAGCUGAUUCUGAUUGUGCAUUGCUUCUACACAAAACCAGCUGUGUCAGGGCAACUGCUAUCUAGAGGUUGAAGGUGAGUGCUAGCUAUCUCAAAGAGGAGCAAAACAAGUUUGAGAAGUCAUUGGAGAAAUAGAGGGAAUCAUUGAUUCAUCAUCGCCAUCCAUGCGUCUGAUAUCAAAAAGGCUUUGUUGAUUUUACUAACAUCUAAACUAGAAGUGGAAUUGUGAUCUAGACUUAAAAAAGUGAGUGUAUUCUGAGAGCUUAUUGCUCUUGGGCGAACAAAGACCUUUAAAUAGAACACAAUUUACUUGUCUUGUACAUUAAAAGUCUUCCCUGAAACAUGAUCAAUAAGAACAAAAUGGAAAUAGCACCGUACGCUCU